ACAGCUACGGAUAGUGACAGGAGAAUGGUUUUUUGAAGAGAGAGCAAAGCGCUUCAAACAAUCAAAUCUUCUUGGAACCGAUGUUGUCAGACAAUCUAUCCUGCGCAAAUUCCCAGAUACAGUUUCCAGUAAGGACGAGGGAAGAACAUCUAAAGAUCAACCCCAAGAGAAUGCAGAAGAAAGGCCAGAUGUAUCAGUCACCUCCACAAAUGGGCAUAAAUCAGUCUUCAGUGGACCUAGAAAGAUAGGGAAGGUAAUUAGGACGGUUACCAAAGGAGAAGUUGCAAAUGCAAAAUAUGAAGGUGAAAGGAACACAGGCUCAGAAGCUGAAACCCAAAGUCUACGCAGUGGCAAGUCAACGCCUUGCUCUGAGAGAGGGAGCACCCUUUCGCUGAACAGCAGUGAUGCAGAGGCUGCUGCAGGCCACCUGAAAGGGGCCGUGGGUCCUGUGGACAGAGGCAGUGUUUCCAUACCUUCCCUCACGAGGUCUCUGGCACUCGGCAUGCGCAGCAUGACUGCAGAUUAUAGCAGGGACACUGGCUCAGAAAAUGGCAUGAUUAUUCCAGCAAGUGAAAGUGUGCCUGAAGAUUUAGUAAAGCAGCACUGUAGGAAAGCAUCUGGAACACCUUCCAUUGCGGUUUCUAGGGUAUCUUUGUCAUCAGAUCGUAGCCGAUCUGAGAUAGAUUUGAGUGAAUCUUUCUCUGAAGGAAAUGAGGAUACUCUGAGCAUAAGAAGCAAAUCUGUACCUAGUGCCUUAGAUCAGGAACUGGAUUAUCUGGAUGAAACAGAAGGAGAUAUUGAUGAGAUAAUGGCCUCUCGUUAUUCAAGGAAACAUGGACAGUUGACAAGUGGAUUAUCAACAAGCUCCCCAGAAGGCUCUGACAGAAAAUGGACGUAUUUAAAUGUGCCUGAAACAGACGGUGAUACUACCAGCAUUAACAGCAUGCUGAGUGUAUAUAGUGAAACUGGUGACUAUGGCAACGUGAAGGUCAGCGGCGAAAUCCUUCUCAACAUCAACUACAGCUACAAAACGGGUGCCCUCAACAUCCUGGUAAAAAGUUGCAGAAACCUGGCUGUUGCAGAUGAGAAGAAGCAAAGGACUGAUCCAUAUGUCAAAGCAUACCUUCUGCCUGAUAAGUCUCGCCAAAGUAAACGCAAGACCAAAAUUAAAAGUAACAGCACCAAUCCAGAAUUUAAUGAAACACUGAAGUAUGUCAUCAGCCACACUCAGCUAGAAACCAGAACCCUGCAGCUUUCUGUCUGGCACUAUGACAGAUUUGGACACAACAGUUUCCUUGGGGAGGUGGAAAUUCCAUUUGAUUCCUGGAACUUUGAAAAUCAGUGUGAUGAGUGGUUUGUGCUCCAGCCCAAGGUAAGUGUUUCCAGGGGCCAGUGA